ACCACAAUCAAAGAAUCUUCCAAAUAAAAACAAAAAUUAAUUUUAAAAAAUCAGUGAAGAAAAAUUUGCGAAACACUCAAAAAAAAAAAAAAACAGUGAGUUUUUCCAGUUUCCGGCGCUCCGAUGAACGCCGAAACGUUUCUCAUCACAAACUCACUUUCUCUCUCCUCUUCUUUAACGUCUCCGAAGCUUCCAGAAUCGAAAUUUCGCCGGAGAAAUAAUUUCCGGUUUUUAUGGCCGGAAAUUCACCGACCUCCGUCGAAACUCCGAGUUUACGCAGAAUUGCGAAAGGUUUCGGAGAUAAGGAGAAGUUUGGGAAAAGUUUGGGCAAAUGUGAAGCCGAAACCUUUUGAAGUUUCUGCUGAGUCAAGUGGAACUGACGCGUUAAACGACGGCGUAUUGGAGGAGAAAUGGUGGGAGGAGUUUCCUAAACGAUGGAUUAUUGUGAUUUUGUGUUUCUCUUCUUUUCUUCUAUGUAACAUGGAUCGAGUGAAUAUGAGCAUUGCAAUACUUCCUAUGUCAGCGGAGUAUGGUUGGAAUCUAACCACUGUUGGUUUGAUACAGUCUUCUUUCUUCUGGGGUUAUCUUCUUACACAGGUAGCAGGGGGUAUAUGGGCAGACACUAUUGGUGGCAAGACAGUACUCGGGUUUGCUGUAGUUUGGUGGUCUAUUGCUACAGCUCUUACUCCUGUCGCUGCAAAGCUAGGAUUGCCUUUCUUACUAGUCGUUCGUGCUUUCAUGGGCAUUGGCGAGGGUGUUGCCAUGCCUGCCAUGAAUAAUAUGCUUUCAAAAUGGGUUCCCGUUUCAGAGAGAAGUCGAUCAUUAGCACUAGUGUACAGUGGAAUGUACCUUGGAUCUGUCACAGGCUUAGCAUUUUCACCAUAUCUGAUACAUACUUUUGGUUGGCCUUCAGUUUUUUACUCCUUCGGUUCUCUAGGAACUGUUUGGUUUGCAGCGUGGCAGAGUAAGGCAUGUAAUUCUCCGCUUGAAGAUCCAGACUUGCGGCCUGCUGAGAAGAAGUUGAUUCUGGGCAGCAGCAGCGUAUCUAAAGUGUCAAUUAAGAACAUACCAUGGGGAGAGAUCUUGUCAAAACGACCUGUUUGGGCGCUAAUCGUGUGUCACUUCUGUCAUAAUUGGGGAACUUUUAUUAUACUUACAUGGAUGCCAACAUACUAUCACCAGGUGUUGAAAUUUAAUCUUACAGACUCUGGAAUGCUCUGUGUUCUGCCUUGGCUUACAAUGGCAAUAUCUGCAAAUUUCGGCGGUUGGAUUGCAGACACACUUGUGAGUAAAGGCUAUUCUGUGACAACUGUUCGUAAGAUUAUGCAAACAGUUGGUUUCCUUGGACCUGCUUUUUUCUUAACUCAGUUGAGCCAUGUUAACUCACCUGCAAUGGCUGUUCUCUGCAUGGCCUGCAGCCAGGGAACUGACGCAUUCUCACAAUCUGGUCUAUAUUCGAAUCAUCAAGACAUAGCCCCUCGGUACUCUGGAAUCUUGUUAGGCCUUUCAAAUACAGCUGGAGUGCUAGCGGGUGUCCUUGGAACAGCAGCUACCGGCUAUAUUUUGCAACACGGUUCUUGGGACAAUGUUUUCGAGGUUUCAGUUGGGCUAUACUUGGUUGGAACUGUUAUCUGGAACCUCUUUUCAACAGGUGAAAAGAUCUUGGAUUAACCCUUCUAUACUUGAUUUUACUUCUGCAAGGCCAGAGGCAGAUUUUUUCAAGAAAAUGCUAGUCCAAGAUACCCAAAGAAAUAUCAUCAAAAUAUAAAAUCAAGAAGCUCGUCCUUAAUCCUGAUCCUCGGCUGUAAAGCGAAUGGAUGGGUGAUUGACAUGAAGCUUAAUGGAGCUUUUGGCGUUUGAAUUAGUACAAAUGAGAACAUCUUAUUCACUAUAUAUACUAGCAUAUCUCUCGAAGGUCCGUCACAGCGUCACUGGCCACAUUAUUAGUCUUGCAGAAAUCUUUACACAAAUUGUGCAACUACAUGUAAUCAAGAGUAUAUCUUAGUCUUAGAACUCGCCAAUGACAGGAUACAUGUUGGGCGAUUGUUGUCAUUGUUGUUGUAUACUUGUAUAUAUCAACUGAAUAACAUUUGUUUUGUAUAUGGAAUUAGUGAAUCACCAGGGGGUUGAACUCCCUUAAAGUUA